UAGGACGGUAUAUUUUAUCGUCACUUUUGUCAUAACGGUAUAUCUAAAGUGACGGCGUAAAAUUGCAAUUGUUCAGAGUUUAAUUUGAUAAAAAAAGCCAUUUGAUCAGUGGUUUCCACCGCAAAGACACAUCACACAAAAGCAGGCCCUAAAUCGAAGCCUGAAUAAAAAAAAAAAAUGCGCGGACUCGUCGAGGAUACUAAAAGGACAAAAUUGUCCCAGAACAACAAUAAUAAUGUGGCCACCAGUGCGACCAGUGGAAGUCGUCUCAAGGCAUCCUCGACGGCAGCCAUGUCGAGUGCCAGCAGCACAUCCGCCAAGCCCUUGAGGAGUGUCGUUAAAACGCCAACGACAACGACGUCAUCGGUGGGACUGGGCCUGGGCGGAGGAGCCAAGAAGACGUCACAGAGUAUGCAGCAACAGCAACAAAAACAACACGAAGUUGGCAAGUCCGCCAAGUCGUCAUCAGGGGCAGCAAGUGCCACAGCAAGGGCGGCAACAACCGCACAGCCAAUUGCAAAAACACAAAAGGGUCAGAAUCCACCCCCACAAAUGCAGCCCCAGUCGUCGUCGUCGAAGGCGCCACAAAAAGAGGCACAACCACAGCAGCAACAGCCGCAGCCGCAACCGCCGGCACAGGCUGUACCCCUUCAGCCGAGCAACAACAGCAGCAGCAGCAGCACGACAAUCGCCCUGCCCAAGGCCUCGCAUGCCAACCACACUAACGAGGAGCUGGCCAACGGCGUGCAGGACACCAUUUACCUGUGCAACUUUCGUGUUUCCGUGGACGGCGAGUGGCUGUGCCUGAAGGAGCUGCAGGAUAUCGAUGUGGCCGGCGGUCAGCAGGCAGGUGGAGGCGUCGGCGUCAACCAGCCACACACUGGAAACUCCAGUUCCGGCCACGGUACUGCUGGGACACAUGCCAGUGGCAGUGGCUCCCAGUUUGGGAAGCGGAACAGCAAACGCUUCUCCGGAUUGUCAGCGGCCGGAAGUGCUGCCGCGGCUCUCGAGGAUAAUGCGCGCGACACCGCGGAGAUCGAGCGGAGUAACUUGGUGAACAUCUGCAAGCUGGUCGUCAAGGAGCUGCUGGAGCAGUCGCUGCGCUAUGGUCGGAUGCUGGACUCGGACCAUCUGCCGCUGCAGCACUUCUUCAUCGUGAUCGAGCACGUGCUGGGCCAUGGGCUGCGGCCCAAGAAAGGCCUGCUCGGACCCAGGAAGGAGCUGUGGGACCUGCUGCAGAGCGUCGAGCACUACUGCCCCGAGGCGCAGGACAUUACGGCCAGUGUGCGGGACCUGCCCACCGUUCGCACGCACAUCGGACGGGCACGGGCCUGGCUGCGGAUCGCCCUCAUGCAGAAGAAACUGUCGGACUACCUCCAGGCGCUGAUCGAGCACCGCGAGGACUCGCUCUACGACUACUACGAGCCGCAUGCCCUGAUGAUGAGCGACGAGAUCGUUGUGAUAAUGGGCAUUCUGGUGGGACUGAAUGUGAUCGACUGCAAUCUGUGCGUGAAGGAGGAGGACCUGGACUCGCAGCAGGGCGUCAUCGACUUCUCCCUGUACCUGCGCUCCAGUUCGCGCAGUCCCGAUGUCCCCGACGAGAGUGCUCCGCCUGCGCUGCUGGAUGCCACCGGGCAGGGCAACAUGAUAGCCGUGCUCGACCAGAAGAACUACAUCGAGGAGCUGAAUCGUCAUCUAAAUGCCACCGUUGGCAAUCUGCAGGCCAAGGUCGAGUCGCUGACCACCACCAAUGCUUUGAUGAAGGAGGAUCUGGCCAUUGCACGCAACAGUCUGCUGGCUCUGCAGGCCGAGAACCAGGCCAUGCGCCAGUCCAGCCAAACGCAGCAGCAGCAGAAGGACUCGGACAACAGCUCUGGCAGUGGCUCCGAAAAGGAAAAGACCGAAGGGGUAAGCACGGAUCUUUCUGAGGAGCGGCGCAAGAACGGCGAACUGGAGAAGGAGCUGAAGCUGCAGGUAUCUCUGAAGGCAGAGUCGGACAUGGCAAUGAAGCUGCUGGAGAAGGACAUACACGAGAAGCAGGACACGAUAGUCUCGCUGCGCCGCCAGCUGGACGACAUCAAGCAGAUCAACCUGGAGAUGUAUCGCAAACUACAGGACUGCAAGGCCUCGCUAACGCAUAAAACGGAGCUGAUGGACAAGUUAGAGGACCAAAAGGAGGACAUGGCCAGCACGAUUGAGCAGCUGGAGAAGAAGUGGACCCAUGACAAGAGCAACUUGGGCGAGAUACUGAAGACCACGUCACAAACGCUAACCACCCAGGUCACGGCCAGCGAAGAGCGGGCUGCCCGGGCCGAGGCCGAGUCGCGCAUUGAGCGCGAGUGGCGAAUUUCGCUGCAGGAGAAGGAGAUCAAGCUGAAGGAGAAGAUAGCCACGCUUCAGGGUUGCCUCAAGGAGCUGGCCGAGGAGAAGGACAGGAAUGAGAAGCUGAGGUUGGAUUUGGAAAAGGCGCGGGCCCAGUGGGCCGAGGCGCAGACCACGCUGGAGGAGCUGGGCAUCCAGUUGAGUGAGAGCAAGUUGAAGGUGUCGGAGAUGCAGGACAACGAGAAACGACAACGCCAGCUGAUGUCGGGAUCCUCGCAGUCGCUGCAAACGAUGCCGGAGAGCCUUGGCAGUCCCGGCAUCUGGGCGCCCGACUCAAUUGCCUCCCACUGCACAGGCUGCGAGCGAGAGUUCAAUCUAACGCGGCGCAAGCACCACUGCCGCAGCUGUGGGGAGAUCUUCUGCAAGGCCUGCUCCGAGCACACGCUGCCACUGCUCAAUGCCCAGGGGCAGCCGGGCAAACCGGUGCGAGUGUGCAAUGCCUGCUAUGCAGCAAAAUGAUGCAAAUAUUCACAUAUACAUAUAUCUAUAGAUAUCUAAGAAUUAUUGUAAUUUGUAUUUGUAUGUAGUGAAAAAAAGAACUUGCCUGUGCGAAGCAUUCCUAGCUGGCAACACACUGACGUUAUACAUUGAAUUUUGUAAUCCAAUUAUGUAAAACAAUGCCGCCAUUUGUGUGAAUUGUUCAAUAAAUGUCUCAAAAUAUAUUUCUGAGAA